AUAUUGUCGCAGUAGGAUGUGAUAGUGCUUUCAAAACUGGAUUUCAUAAAUAGGACCGUGCAUGUGUGCCGCGCAUACAGAAGAAAACGACAACGCGCCAGACGCAUUACUGCACGCUCAUCACUGGUUCCCUGUAAAUCCCAAGCAAUCCUGCCAUUAUCGAACGUAGCCCGCAUCCAGCUAACCAACUGACUUCUACCGAGGAACCAUGCCAUUCCCAGACUCUCUUCGAAAGAUAGACCCUGGCUGGAGGCUCGGCAAGCAGUCAGAACCGUCAUUCUCUUCGACAAUUAAGGAAGACGUCAACUUGUGCAUUCGCGUACCUCUCAUCGUCUGCAACCUACUCAUCAUGUUCUCCUGCCUGGUGGUGUUUUGGUGCGGGGUCGUCGCGCUCAUCAACCGCCCGGAUGACGAAGGUAGCUUCUGGAAUCGGCUCGGACACAUCAAGAGUAGCGUGAAGGAACACUACUUCAAAGACUUCAUCGUUGGCUACAGAGAGAAUCCAGAUUAUCAAAACAUCGUGGACAGUGUGCAAGAUACCCUUCGCUGUUGUGGCAUGUCCGACGAAAAUUUCAGGGACUGGAACCUGAACCCGUACUUUCGGUGCGAGGAAAAGAAUCCAAGCCGAGAACGAUGCAACGUUCCUUACUCCUGCUGCCGCCCGAACGCUUCGUCGGAGCUACCCCGUAGUACACUGUGCGGCGCGAAGGUUCUUACCCUUGAUGACCAGGCUGCUUGGGAGCGUGUUUACGUGCGCAGUUGCGCGGAUGCCGUCGUGAGUGGUAUUCGAAAUAGAAUUCCAACAAUUAUGGCAGUAAGCAUGGCGUGUAUCUUUGUGCUGUUGCUGCUCUUUGUAUCCUCUGUCAGACUAAAGGACGAAGUUAACGUGAUGAACACGAUUUACGAAGCCUAUUACAGUAACCUCAUUGCGGGUCAGAAGGAAAUGAAAAAGAUGGGAGUUUGCCUGCCUCCGAAGUCUGAAGAGACAGAGGAACUUCCUGAAGUAUCAAAGGCUCUCGGAACUGCUGACGAAAGGGUGUCCCUUACGAAAAGGAAUGCUAUCCCUGCUAAGAUUCAACUUGCUGCUAACGAAGCGUGGAUACGUACGAAGAGCUUCUUCGGGAAAUUCAUAAGCAAAUGAGUGACUUCGUCCUCAGUUAUUGUAUUGUUUGAAAUUAUUACCACAUGUAUCUUGAACAGUUUAACGAGUCACAUAAAAUUUAGUGCAACAAAAUAGCGGGUAAGUGUAUUCCUCGUAGCGUCUUAAUUGUACGAGUCUUUCGUCUUCCUUAUAUUUGUAAGGUUUCUUUUUCCAACGCGCUGCAAUAUUCAGUUGUCCGCGAAGUAGUUCCAUGCACAUUGCCUUCACACUGACUCGACUGGUUCAAGUGUGCUGUCAUAGGUCAAUUCUUCCGGUCCUUGGGCAGUACUCUUGUCGCAGAGCCAACGAUAAUUCGUUAUCUUUGUGACGAGAGGACGAAUUCUAACCAAGGUAGACUGCAGCGGGAAUAGAUCUCUGCAGGAUAUUUGUCCAGGGCUCAGAC